CACAGAGGUACAGCCCAACAACAGCGACAUGCAGCUCACGCAGAACGGAGAGACCGCGGCGCCCCCCGUGACCCGUGACCUGAGCCGCGUCAAGGCUGAUGGAGACAGAACCCGCAAGCACUCGGGGGACCUGCGCCGUGAGAUCGAGUCCUUCGGGGGCUCCGUGUGCCUGGCGCGCGCGCGCAGGCGGCGCCGCGCCCAACGCAAGCUCCAGGAGCCCCCCAAACCCGAGCCCGAGCCCGAGGAGGAGGGCCCCGUGAGCCCCGAGGAAUUCCUCCGCGCCGCUGCGGAGGGCAAGCUGAAGGCGGUGGAGCGGUUCCUGGAGGCGCAGGGCAACCCCGACACCUGCGACCAGCUGAAACGCACGGCCCUGCACCGCUCCGCCGUGGAGGGGCACGAGGAGCUGAUCAAGCGCCUCCUGGAGAGCGGGGCCCGUGUGGACCUCACAGACAGGCUGGGCAGCACUGCGGUGCACUGGGCGUGCCGCGGGGGCAGCGUGGAGGCGCUGAAGCUGCUGCAGGAGCACGGGGCGCGGGUCAGCGACAAGGACAAGGCGAUGAGCACACCGCUGCACGUGGCGGUGCGCACGGGGCGCGCGGGUUGUGUGGAGCACCUCCUGGCGUGCGGGGCCGACGUGAACUCACGCGACCGGGAGGGGGACACUCCCCUGCACGACGCCGUCCGUCUCGGCCGGCCCCGCAUCGUGCGUCUCCUGGUGCUGCACGGGGCCGGACUGCAGAUCAAGAACGCGGAACGGAAGACCCCCCUGGAUCUGGUGCGCAAGUGGGAGAGUGGAACAUGCAGUGCCCUGAAGGGAUUAGCGGCCAGCGGAUAGAGAGAUGGGAGUGCAGGGAGAGUGAUGGGUGGAGGGGGGCAGGGGGACAGUCGGAAAUGCAGGGAGAGAGGGGGAGCGGCGGUGCCGGGUUGAGCCGCUCCCACCCUCGUGGGCUCGCAGCUCCCGGGCCACGCGCGGUAAAUGUCACCUGCGUCAGUCGCCUCUCUGAUCUUUAACUUAUUUAACUUAUUACUGCGCGCGAGGGGUGAGGAUGGUGAAGAUAAGGAUGGCCAUGGGCAAAGUUCAAGUGUUCAAGUUUAUGUUGUUGAACCAGACGAGAGCUCAAGAGAGACCAGGAUAGCGUCUCAUUUGCAAAGAGUGACCUCGGUCAACCAACAUUAUAAAUGGUGCAGGUGAUGACGGAAGUGCUGAUAAUGAUCACGAUGACCACCAUCGGGAUGAAGAGGAUCAAGAGGAUGGUUUUACUGAUGACCAUGAUGCUCAUGGUGAUGAUGACCAUCACAGAGGUGAAGACCAUACUAUUGAUGAUGACAA